AUGCUUCUACUACUCGCUUUAACGGCUACAAUAAUAAGAAAUGACGCUCAAGCGCAAAUACACGAAGCACCAAAAAUUAUAGCCUCAGCAUGCGACUCAACGCGACAAACAGAACACGUGUUAACACAAAUCAAGAGCAAAAUUGAAACAGCAUUUCAACAGAUAGUUCUAGGUAAAAAAACAUCCGCGAAAUUGUCAGUGGCGGCGGCAGCGAGCACAGGGGAGAAGGCAGUAGCUUACGCGGCACUAGCAGCAAGCGCAGCAGUAAAACUACAGGCCGCGGAACAAAACCUGCAAAGCAAUCUGGACGCCCUCCUCAAAGGCGCGGCAGCGGCCGCCGAACUCACGGCCACAGAAGAACUUGUAUCAGAGGCAGCGGACCUUUCUUUAGAAGCAAGGUCAGGGGCGCGGACAUCAACUGCAUCGGGGACGCAGGGCGGUCUACCACUGAGGUUCGCAAGGUUCGGCGGUGGGAAGAGCAAAUGCGACACAGCCAAGGAGGCAGCCGAUCAGAGAAAAGCGGCUCCGGGAACCAAAGGCGGCGACAAAAUCUCGUUCGCCCACCUGCAAAACCGACCAAAAAUAGGCAACGACAAAAAGCUAGCUGCACUGUGCGGCGACGACAAUACACCGCCUAACAACUGCGACGGAAGCGCGGACGCCGACCUGACCUACUUCGAAAUAACAACUGGGACCCUACUCACAGAAAAGAUGAAGCAGUACAACAAAGGACCCCAACCCACAGAUGGAUACACACCAGACACGCCGGAGCCGACAGCCUUACUGCCGAGGGAAACUUACGUAACUGGCCGGCUCAACAUUAUAAAGCAAGCAGGACAUGCGUACGACAGCAUAACCUUUACAGCAGACAGCUUAAAAAACUCUGCGCUGGUGACGGACGGCACAACACAAGCUCUGCUAGAAACGACAUUGCUCACACAAAAGGAGCGCGAACAAACCGAUAUACGACAAAAUAAAUUAGAGGAAAUAACGGCCCGCUUGUAUGGCAAAGCGGGCACAGACGUCAAGGCGCGCAUAUGGGAGCCAAUUGAAAUAAUACCGAUACAAGCGGAAGCUACAGAAGACAACAAAGCCACAGAGCUAAAGCACCUCACAGACAUAGGCAAACUCAGACGGGCAGCAGCUUUUUACUUAGCCAAGCAAGCCACAAAAGCCGAAACUGCAGCAGUGCAGAAGGCAACGGAAUCCACGGAAAAAACAGAGAGAGCAAAAACAACAGAAAAUAGGAAAUAUGGGGAUAAAAAAGAUGAGGUUUGCAAAGCCACUGACGAAAAAGAUUGCGACAAAAACAAAUGCGAAUGGAAUAAGGAAAAGAAUGAGUGCAAAGUUAAAGAAAGUGCUUUUAUUAUUUCUGUAUCAAUUAAGGCGAUUCUUCUGCUCAAAUAUUUUGGUUUUAGUGUGAAAUAUUUAAUAUUUUUUCAAAUAAACUCUAUAAAAUUGAUAGGGUUUUUUGAUUUUGAGAGAAUCUUAUAUUUUGAAAGAUUAUGGUAA